UUGAUCCCACAACCGGGGCAUGUGCCCUGACCUGGUUCAUAGAUUGACACUCAACCAUUGAGCAGCAACUUUUCAGUAUUACUUGUGCUGACUUCAGACAACUUUUUUUAAAAUAGCUAAAGUUGAGCAGAUCAUAAAGUGUUCCCACAUACCCACUUCCCCCAACACAAAUACAGUUUCCCCAUAAUCAACAUCCCCCACCAGUGUGGUUCCUUUGUUACCAUUGAUGAAUUAUGGUGUAAACUGUGAAUUUUGUGGGAUUAUGAUAGUACGUGGACAUAUGGUCACCCAGGGUUCAUAGUUUACAUUAUGAUUCCCUCUUGGUGUUUAUUGUACAUUGAGCAGAUACAUAAUGACAUGUAUUCAUCAUUAUGUAUUAUACUGAAUAUUCUCACUGCCCUAAACAUAUUUCAUGCUCCACCUAUUCAUUGCUUAUCCCCACUGCUUCUGGCAACCAUUCAUCUUUUUACUGUCUCCAUAGUUUUGCCUUUUCCAGAAUGUCAUAUAGUUGGGUUAAUAUAGUAUGUCGGCAUUUUAGAUUGGCUUCUUUCACUUAGUAAUGUGCAUUUAAAGUUCCUUCAUAGCUUUUCAUGAGUUUUUAAGUGCUAAAUAAUAUUCUAUUAACUGGAUAUACCAAAGUUUAUUUAUACUUCACCUACUGAAGGACAUCUUGGUUGCUUCCAAGUUUUUGCAAUUAUAGAUAAAGCUGCUAUAAAACAAAAAUAAAUAAAAUGUUAAAGAUUAAAGACAGAUAAUCUUCAAAGCAGCAAGAGAAAAGCAAUUAGAAUGCACUUCCAGUGUUGCCAUGGUGGCUAACGCUACCACUAACCCAUUGCAGCUGAUGCCUCUCUCACAGCGGUUCUCAACCUGUUGGUCGCGACCCCUUUGGCGGUCGAACGACCCUUUCACAGGGGUCGCCUAAGACCAUCCUGCAUAUCAGAUAUUUACGUGAUGAUUCAUAACAGUAGCAACAUUACAGUUAUGAAGUAGCAACGAAAAUAAUUUUGUGGUUGGGUCACAACAUGAGGAACUGUAUUUAAAGGGCCAGAAGGUUGAGAACCACUGCCUAGAGCUUGUGGACAAGUGUAUAGGCUCAAGAAUUCAAAUGGUGAUGAAGAGUGAUAAGAAAUUGUUGGCACACUUAGGAUUUGAUGACUUUGUCAAUACGGUACUAGAAGAUGUCACUGAGUUUUAAAUCACACCAGAAUGAAGAAGGAUCACUAAAUUAGGCCAGAUUUUGCUAAAUAGAAAUAAUAUAACAAUGCUGGUUCCUGGGGGAGAAGGACCUGAAGUAUGAAUGGAUUUCUUUGACUUACGUUAGAUUCUGUUUUGUCUUAUACUGACAACAAAAUAUCAUUUUUUUUUAACCUUUCACUAUCUAGAUUUUGUGAAGCCACGUUUCCCGUUAAAGGGGAAUGCUUUGAAGAGGCAUUGUAAAUGCCAUUUUUUAAGUUAAUCGUGUUUAACUUGGGGGGAAAAGAACAUUAAAGACUAAAAUAAAGGUGGUUUGGGUUAAUUGUCAUUUUAUUUAUUACUAGGGGCCCGCCAUUGGAACAAAGCUUAUGGUCAUUUUGUCAGUUGCUCUCUUGUCAUUUUACAUCUGUUUCCUUAUUUAUAGGACCAUUUGGUUCUCAAAAAUUGUUCCAAACAGAAUGGUGAACUUUGAAUUUUGAACAGGUGCAUUUAACCUGAAAUUAUUCAAUUCAGUUCAAACUGUGAUGCUUUGAAAUUAGGAUUUUUCUACUGCACUCAAGUUUCAGUACUUCUCUUAAAAACAAACAAGUAAUCUGUGCACAUUGUAGAAAUGCAGACAAAUGAAAACAUCAUACUUUGAUGUCUGUUCUCUUAGACUUUCUCAGUACACAUUUUAUAUUUUAAAAAACUUGUUUUCCCUGCUUACACUGUUUUGUGGCCUCCAUUGAAGACUUUUUAAAAAUUUAAGUGGUGAAUGUCUUUCCAUGUCAUAUUUCAGUAACAUUAAUGUGUGCACAGUAUUUCAUUAAAUGGAUUUACCAUAAUUUAUUAGCCUAUUAUUAUUGGCCACAGUAAUCUAACUAAAUCUUUAUACAUUUUC